AUGCUCACUACUCAUUCCAGUCAGGUGGGUGCCAUGUAUACUAUUUCUCACGAGGUGGUGAAUCGUGUCGCCCUGGAGCGAUAUGAGGACAGUCAAACAGCAUUUCAUGUGGCAAAACGCGAUUAUCAACUCACGAUGAACCGUAUUUCAUCUCGCCUGCCAGCAACUGUGCCUGAGCUGACGAUGGAGGUGAAGGAUGAGUUCAGUACAUACUGCAGCAGUAAUGCUGAAAGCAUGAAUGCGACUAGGAGAAUUCCUGACGACGGCUUGGAUUGUUCUGAGAUUGAUAAGAUUUUGAGUGAACGUGCAAUGAAACGUUUUGAAGAGGACACGACUGGUGGCCCAACGUGGAAACGUAGCGCUCAACCCAAAAAACCGUUGGAAUUAUUAAUGCACCGAGAGUCGCUUGCCCGUCAAGACAUUGAGGAUGUGGAGCAUGAGUUUUUCCGUAACUUAACACAACCCUUUUUCGAAAAUCCCUUGAUGCAUUUUCUUAAGCUUACAAGAGAUGAAAGGCGAGAACGCAAGACGAUUGAGGAUACUUGGAUGAGUGAAUCACUUCCCUUCCUCGAUCAUUGUCAUAUGAAGCAGGUGGACUAUGAAGAGGAGUUCUUGCGUCGCGCUCUUGGUAAAGUGAAGCGUCCAUUAAUCUCCAUGCGAUCUAAUACACCGCAGACGACAUCCGAUGAACUGGAUGUACGAUUGUAUCAACCACUGCUGCAGCGCUGUGAGACCAUACGGCGGGAGACAGAGUCCGAAGAAGAAAUCGCAUUCCUAUACCUUCGCUUGGGAGAAGCAUCACAGCGUGACCUUGUUGCUCGUGGUAUUAUGCGGCGAAAUAAAAAUACCGGAUUGCUGGAUUCCGUGCGACACCCAAUUGAGGUGGAUCACUACUAUGAUGUGGACCUUGCCUUUGGAACGGAAUUCCGCUAUCUUGAGUCUCGCGAGGAGACCGAGCGGAUGGCAAUCAUCGAUUCAUGGCUUUUGGAAAGGUGUGAACUAUGUAAAACAAUGGGAAUAUUAUCAUAA